UAUUGACGGGAAAGGUCCUGCUUUGUUAGUGCUGCAUUAACAGAAGAAUCUAUGAGAAUGAUCUGCCUUUGCCUGAUAGAUCUCUUGUAAUAAUAAUUUGAUUUAGGCCUGUCUGCUUUUUAUUCAUCACCAGUUUUUGGCAUCAUCUGAACAGACUGGUGCCCACUUCGGUCUGGGUUUUAACCUGUUUUGGAGCCUUGACAUCAACAGGGUUUGACCUGAAGACUGAGUCUACUUCCGUGUGGCAGCAGAGUAUUUUCAAAACCACAAAGCUGUGAUCCGCAACAACAGAGCAAGCUACCGUUCAAGACAGAGACACCAUUCAAGGCUUGAUGGUUUAAUUUUGUUUUAGCAAGAGGAAACCAUGGCUUCACCCAACGACCUGUUGGGAAUAUUGGAGGAUUUGGAAGAUGCAGACUUUAAAAAGUUCAAAUGGUUCCUGCAGCAGUCUGAGAUCCUGGACGACUUCCCAGCAAUCCCAAAGUUCCAGUUGGAGAAGGCCGACAGGAUGGAUACAGUGGAUGAGAUCCGAGACACCCACGACAAAAACGCUGUGGAAGUGACCAUUAAAGUUUUGAAGCUGAUCCAAAAGAAUGACUUGGUGCAGCGCUUAUUAAUCUUGAACUCAGCAUCAAAAGAAACUCUCACUGCCUGCCAGCUUAAACUCAAAUCCUAUGUGCAGAAGAAAUUCCAGCAUUUGUUUAAACAACCCACGAAAUCUGGAAAGCUGCUGCUGAUAAAUGAUAUCUACAAUGAGCUGUAUAUGACAGAGAGAAGAGGAAGUGAAACAGCAUCCAGAGAAACUAUCAACAUGGAAGACUUCUUUAAAUCAACACCUGGUCAACAUGCAUCAUUGAGAACAUUAAUGACCAAAGGAGGGUCUGGUAUUGGGAAAACUGUCUUGACACAAAAGUUUGCUCUGGAUUGGGCUGAAGACAAAGUCUUUAACGAGAUGCAGUUGGUGUUUCCGCUCACUUUCCGAGAGUUGAAUUUGGUGAAGGAGAAAGAAUGCAGCUGGGUCGAACUUCUUCAUCACUUCUUUGCUGAUAUCAAAGAAGCAGGAGACUGCAGCUUUGAUAAACUCCAGACUGUGUUUAUCCUCGAUGGUCUGGACGAGUGUCGGCUUCCUUUGGACUUCCACAACAACGAGAUCUUGACUGAUGUUACUGAGUCGGCUUCAGUGGACGCUCUGCUCACAAACCUCAUCAUGGGGAAACUGUUCCCGACUGCUCGUGUCUGGAUCACCACAACACCUGAGGCAGCCGGUCUAAUCCCUCCAGGGUCCAUUCACGUGGUGACAGAGAUGAGAGGGUUCACUGAUGCAAAGGAGGAGGAGUACCUCAGGAAGAGAUUCAGAAAUAAGGAGCUGGCCAGCAGGAUCAUCUCCCACAUCAAAGCAUCUCGUAAUCUCCACAUCAUGUGCCACAUCCCAGUCUUCUGUUGGAUCACUGCGACAGUUCUGGAGGACAUGUUGAAAAGCAGUCAGGCAGGAGAGCUGCCCAAGACCUUGACUGAGAUGUACACACACUUCCUGUUGGUUCAGUGCAAACUGGCAAAUGAAGGAGCAGAGACACAUCCACGUUGGAUCGCAGAGACCAGCAAGAUGAUUCUGUCUCUGGGAAAACUGGCUUUUGAGCAGCUAAAGAAAGGAAACCUGAUCUUCUGUGAAACAGAUCUUGCAGAAUGUGGCAUUAAUACCAGAGUAGCCUCAUUCUACCCAGGCGUGUUCUCAAACAUCUUUAAAGAAGAGCUUGGGCCGAACCAGAACAAGCUUUUCAGUUUUGUCCAUCUGAGCUUUCAGGAGUUUCUGGCUGCUCUUCAUGUCAUUGUGUCAUUCAUCAACUCUGGUGUUAACCUCUUGUCUGAAGAAGACUCAACCUCCCAACAGCCUGCAGUGAACCCAGACCAACCUGGAGGAAACCAGCUCCUCCAGAGUGCAGUAGACAAGGCUUUACAGAGCCCAAAUGGACACCUGGACUUGUUCCUGCGCUUCCUCGUUGGCCUCUCACUGGACAGCAAUCAAGAGAUUCUUCAAGACCUGAUAAAAAACUCAGGACGUAGCUUUCAGCCUAAUCAGGAGACAGUCCAGUACAUCAAACAGAAGAUCCAAGAGAAUCCAUCUCCAGAGAGAUGCAUCAACCUCUUCCGCUGUUUGAAUGAGCUGAAAGAUGAUUCUGUAGUGGAGGAGAUCCAACAGUACCUGAGUUCAGAUAGUCUGCCCUCAAAAGAUCUGUCUGCUGCUCAGUGGUCGGCUCUUAUCUCCAUCAUACUGUCUUCAGAGCUGGAUGUGUUUGACCUGAAGAAAUUCUCUGCUUCAGAGGAAGUUCUUCUGCAGUUGCUGCCACUGGUUCAAGCCUCCAGAGUUUCUCUGCUGAGGGGCUGUAAGCUGUCUGUGAAAAGCUGUAAAGCUCUGGCCUCAGUUCUCAGCUCCCGGUCCUGCAACCUGAAAGAGCUGGAUCUGACUGACAACAAUAUGGAGGAGAAUGCAGGAGUCCAGGAGCUCGUAAGAGGCUUGAAAGAUCCACUAUGCAGACUGGAAACACUCAGGCUGAGUGGAUGUGAUCUUUCAUCCGACAGUUGUGUAGAUCUGUCCUCAGUCCUCAGCUGUCAGUCCUCCAGUCUUAGAGAGCUGGACCUUACUAACAACGACCUGCAGGACUCAGGAAUACAGCGGCUCUCUGUGGGAUUGGCGAGUCCACAAUGUAGACUUGAAACUCUCAGAUUGACUGACUGUGCGCUGACGUGGAAAGGUUGUGAUUCUGUGGCUUUCUUCCUGAGCUCCCGGUCCUCCAGCAUGAGACAGCUGGACCUGAGUAUGAACAACCUGCAGGAUUCAGGAGUGCUGGUGUUCAGUCCCGGGCUGAAGAGUCCACACUGUAAACUGGAGGCACUCAGGCUGAGUUUCUGUGACCUGUCAGAACAGAGCUGUGAUGUUCUGGCCUCAGUUCUCACCUCACAGACCUCCAGCUUGAGAGAGCUGGAGCUGAACAACAACAAACUGCAGGAUUCUGGAGUGAAGCUUCUUUCUGUGGGACUGGAGAGUCCACGCUGUCAACUGGAAGCUCUCAGGUUGAGGGACUGUCAGCUGUCAGAGAGAAGCUGUGAAUCUCUGGCUUCAGCUCUCAGCUCCGAGACUUCCAGUUUGAAAGAGCUGGACCUGAGCAACAACGACCUGCAGGAUUCAGGAGUGAAGCAGCUUUCUGCUGGACUCAAGAGUCCUCAGUGUAUCCUGGAGACCCUCAGACUGUCAGGCUGCCUGGUCACAGAGGAAGGCUGCUCCUCUCUGGCCUCGGCUCUGAGCUUCAACCCCUCCCAUCUGAGAGAGCUGGACCUGAGCUACAACCAUCCAGGAGACUGUGGGGUGAAGCUGCUCUCAGCUGGACUGGAGGAUCCGCAGUGGAAACUGGAAACACUGAAGUAA